CAUCCAUAAUUACUACCUAUACUCACACUGCCAAUGUUUUCUAAAUUGGGCCGAAAAGCCCGAAUAUAAGAUAAAUGUGUCGAGUGAGUUAGAUAGAAUUAAUAUAUAUAUAUAUAUAUAUAUAUUUUUUAAUUUAAUGAGAAAUAAAUAAACAGUGUGUUCCGAGGGAGAAAGAGCGAAGAGAAAUGGUAGGAAGGGUGCAAGAAUGGCGAUGCGUUUGGAAUUGGAUUCAUCGCCGGAAUUGGAGAUGCAGUCAGCAGCGUCUCUUGCACGACGGCCCAGACACCGUAGAGGAGCUACUCGACAGGCACCUCGUCAAAACCAAAAACAAAAACGAUAACGAUCACGACGAGUUCGAGAAUCGGAGGAAACUCACCAGCACUCGCCGCGAAGCGCUCAGUCUGUACCGUGACAUUCUUCGGGCCACCCGAUUCUUCGUGUGGCCCGAUUCGAGAGGCGUCAUCUGGCGCGACGUACUCAGACAAAAUGCCCGAACGGAAUUCGAACAGGCCCGCUUCGAAACCGACCCGGAAAUCGUAACCCGUCUGCUUAUCGGGGGACGCGAAGCCCUACACUCCGCUAUCGACAAGCUCGCCGAGAAGCAUAGACAUCACAUUCAGAAAGAUAAUCCCUCUGAUUCCCAUCCACGCUGAUUCAUAAGAUUCACUAGGCAGGGAACCCAAUCGGGAUAAUCCAGAUUUGAGUUCUUCAAAUGUGAUAGUGCCACUGUUAUCAGUAUCCAUAUUGUUGAACAUUUGUCUCAGGCCCUUUGUUUCUUCCUCUGAAAGAUUUUCUGCUAUUACCUUCCAUGUUCAGAAAUAAAAAAUUCUAUUAGUCAAAGUGUAUUUUACUCUUCACCUCAAUUUUUGCCGUACCAAGAAAGUGUA